AAACUGCUCACAAAAUAAGCGCGGAAACGUUUUUCAGAAAAUCAAAAAAACAUUUUCCCAUCCAAACAUGAAAACAAAUAAGGCAUUUUGUAGAGAAUUCGAUUCUCUGUCCGAUGGUAUAGUUUCCGUAAUUUUUGGAAAAAAUAUCUAGGUCAGGAAAUUGAAUUUAAAAUUUAAAACUUUUUAAAUUUAAAUUUUCGCUAUGAAAAUUUAAUUUUAAUUUGUUUUUAAGUAAGGAUUCGUAAUCAGCGUGAAAAACUGCGUCUAAUGAUGUAUUUUUAAGCAUUGCUCAAGUUAAAACAACAAUUCGAACCUUCGCAUCCGAAGGUGGACCGUUAGCUGGCCACGCCGACAAGAAUCUUAUAACAAUAAAGUACGAGUUUUGCUGACUCUUAUCAAUUUCUUAUGAAUUCUUGUGAGAUUCUUAUAAGAUUCAGUAGAAUUCUUGUCACUUUCGUGGAAGAUCUUAUAUAAGAAUUGUGUAAGAUUCUUAUAAGAUUUUACAAAUAUUUUUUGUCUAGGAUGAGAUAUAAAAUUAUAUAUCUUUCAAAAAUAUUUCAUUGGAAAGCCCUUGAAAUUCUCUACAAAUUCAGCUAGUCAGAAUACCUUGACUAGUUAGGUCAGUUAUCAGAGACAUGCAAAAAACGUGUUGGACUCCGUAAAACAGCUGCAGAAUACUCUUUUAGAAGUUUUUUCUAUCCUGAUGAAAAACUAAAUAUUUUUCACAGGGAUGCAGUCGGAUAGCCCGUGAAAUUUCCUACAAAUUGGACUGGUCAGAAAAUCUAGAUAGGUUGGGCCAGUCAUUAAAGAUAUGCAAAAGAAGCGUUUGGGUGUUAUAUAUGCAGUAGAACGUGUCAUAAUUAUAAGAACUUUCUUCUGAUUUUUCAGUAAAAGCUGGAACCAAUCUGAAAAUUGUUUCGGCCCGAAGAUUUUUUUUAUCAGAUGAAGUGCAUAUCGCCAUUAUAUGAGAAAACUUGAUAAUAGGGUUUCUGAAAACCCAGAUCGCUAGAAUACCAGGUCUUUGGUUAUUGGUCAGAACAUUUUUGCAAAUCAUAUAGGCUGAUGGAGUAAAGAAUUCUGAACAAAAUAUGAUAUCUCUCGGCUGCCUUUAGUCUUUUACUGCCCUUACUCUUUUACUGCCUUUAGUCUUUUACUGCCCUUACUCUUUUACUGCCUUUAGUCUUUUACUGCCCUUACUCUUUUACUGCCUUUAGUCUUUUACUGCCUUUACUGUUUUUACUGCCUAUAUUUUUCUACGCAAUUGAAUGGAAAUACUUUUCGGGUUCGCUCACAUCGAGCUUCGAACGCACACACAUAACUUUGCGCGUGUGUCUGUAUCGAAGAAAUGCGUAAAUUUGUAUUCUAACAUAUAUAGUCAAACUGUUAUUGACUAGGACUUGUAUCUUACAAAGCGACUAAAAGGACUAAAAUAGUAAAGGGAGUAAAAGACUAGAAGGACCAAAGUGAAUAAGAAACUAAACGACAUAUUCAGUCAUCCAGCAGUAUAAGUUUUUCAUAGAUUAAACAUCUCGGGACAAACUUUGUACCUUCUCCCAUCUCUAUUUGAAAAGCAAUGUAUCGUUGCAUGAGAAGCUAGUUUUUUGCUGUGUUACAGUGGUGGUUAAGUUUGUGCGAUUUUCAGUUUUUUGUUUGUUAUUGAAUAAACUUGCAAAUAGCGUAAUUUGUCUAUAGUCUUUCAGACUAAAUCGAAGGUAAAUUAGAUUUACUUUCUUAAUAAAUUGACACCUCUUUUUUUGUGUAUAGAGUUGUAAUGAAUCCAGAUAAUAUAUAUAUUCAUAAAAAAAGAAAAUAGUCAGGAUUAUAAGUAAAUUUUGAACAAAUAAACCAUGUGCUUAGAUAACUCAUCUUAUAUACUCAUGCAUUUAGGUGAUUAAUUUGAUGAAAAGAAAAUUUCUCAAGUAUGCUCAAACAGAAGAAAGAAACUCUCGGUAGCUAUGUGAAAUAAUAAAAGAAAUAUAUAUCGAUUGUUUUUGAAGCAGAGCAGUAAAUAUGAUUUUGCUUCAUAUAGGAUAUACCAGUUUUAUUUUGAAUUUUCAUUUUUGAAAGACAAAGACAUUUUAACAAAACGGCUAAAAACAAGCUAAACAUUUGAUGAUGAGUGUGUUAACUCUUUUUCUGUGGGUUUUGUAAGUACAAUGGAUGUUGCUCUAUUCACUAUUGUCUUUCUAAUGAACUCUUCCCUCUCUUUGAUUUUUGUAAAAGAGUAUCCAAUGGUCAACAAACAAGUAAGACUUGUUUUAUUUUCUUUCUUAGACUAAGAGAAGUCUGUUCUUUUUCUCAUUUCUUUUCCAGCAACACUAACUCCAACAAAUGGUAAUUCAACUUGUCUGCCAUCAGCAUGUGGUAGCCGUAGUGUUGGUGGUAAAUCAUUAUGUUCUUCAAAUUUGGAUUGUGAAUGUUUUACACUGACGAGCAAUGCAACAAUGGGAAUCUGUGCUGUAGCAGAUCUAGCAUGCUCGAAUGUUAUCAGAUGUAAUUUAGAUAAUAUUACAUGUUCAAUACCAAAUACAAUUUGUGUUAAUAAUACACGGUGUCAACAGCCCGUCUGUUAUCCAUUAGCAUUUGCUUCUACACAGCUAUGUCCACCACAAAAUUCGACUACGGUCACCGCGGCUGUCGCAACAACAACUACAUCGGGUAUGUAA